CAGAGUCAAUCGCUGUUCAACAGGUGGCUUUGUAGAGUUUGUAGCUGGAGUAGCGCAGCUGUGAUUUAGUUAUUCUCUCUUUCUGUUUACGCUAAAAAAAAAAUCUCACACUGCAAGCCUUAAAGAAUCAGAGCGUCGGAAUGGUAAACUUUUUAUGACACGUGGAACUUUUUAGACUUUUCGAUAUAUUUUUAUUUCACUUUGGUCAGGCAAACUUGCCUAGUGUGUGUAUAGCAUGCGGCAAUAAGCUGCACCUGCGCCCUGUUUGUUUGCCUUAAGUUUUUUUCGGCUGAUAUUUCGGCUAAUUAUCGACUCGACCAAGUUUCCGAGAUCACAAUGAUGUACAGCAUGAUGGAGCACGAACUUAAAACCCAGCCGGGUCAACAAAAUCCUCACCCGAACGGCCAACUCAUGUCGCAACACGGCGGCUCCGGAAACGUGCCUCAGGCAGCUCCGAAAAGCGCGUGCCCGCCCGGCGCAGACCCCAUGGACAAAGUGAAGCGGCCCAUGAACGCGUUUAUGGUGUGGUCCCGAGCUCAGAGGCGCAAGAUGGCCCAGGAGAACCCAAAGAUGCACAACUCCGAGAUCAGUAAGCGCCUGGGCGCCGAGUGGAAGCUGCUGACCGACGCCGAGAAGCGGCCGUUCAUCGACGAGGCUAAGCGGCUGCGCGCCGCGCACAUGAAGGAGUACCCCGACUACAAGUACAAGCCUCGGCGCAAGAGCAAGCCGCCGGUGAAGAAGGACAACUCUGCGGCCAAGUACCCUCCGCUGCCCGGCGGCAGCCUGCUGGCCGCGGCGCAUGCGCAGAGUGGAAGCCCGCGCGUGGACAGCUACGGCUGGGCUCCGGCUGGAAGCUACGCGGCCGUACAGGGAGACGCGCUCGCUUACCAACAGCAGCUGCACCGGUACGAGCUUCCUCUGCAGUACGCGGCGCCCAUGUCCCAGACCUACAUGAACAGCGCCAACUCCUACAGCCCAAUGUCAUACAGCAGCAGUCCCCAGCAGCCCAGCCCUGUAAUGUCUAUGGUCAAGCCUGAGGCCUUCACUCACUCCCCGACAGGAGCAACAAACCACCACCGUGGGGCAGUUCAAGGCGACCUUAGGGACAUGAUCAGCAUGUACAUCCCUGGAGGUGAUGUAGGGGACCCCACAGCACAGCGGGGUUACCCAAGUGUCCAGCAGCAUUAUCUGGGCAGUACUGUGCCCCUGACGCACAUCUGAAAUGGAGAAGAGAAAGGACUGGGACUAGCUCAGCUGGAUCACUACGUAGACUUGUAGUGCAACAAGUAAUCCCUAUGGAUUCUUGGUGGAUGUUGUGAGUACCUGUUGCACAUAGGAACAUUCGCUACCUCUUUGAGUGAUCUUGCUCGUUUUUUUUCUUCUUUUUUUCCCUCCUCCUUUGUAGAUUUGUUCACCCCUUUCUUACAGCCCCUUUUUUUCUGUAUUUUAUUUUUUUUCUGCCCAGAAUUUCACCUUUAAUACAGCUUGGAUGUACUUUCCACAACAUUCUAAUAUAGAUGGGUAUGACAUGUCUGUGUAAUUGGCAUUUUUGUGGCAGGUUACAAUUUUUUCUUUUUUCUUUGUAAGACAUUUGCUUUGUACAUAUGAUCCAAAUUCUGAAAUCUGA